CACAUAUGUGUUUACAGUAUUUGAGGGGCAUGAUCCAAAUUCAAACCAACAAGAAAAAAUCGAGAAAAUAUGGAUGGCACACAAAAUUAUCAUUAUUUGUGCUGCCAUUGCCAUUGGGGAUUCUCUUCUGCUCAUGAAGCCAUUUUAUGUCCCCAGUGUUUCUUAGAGCUCCUUUAUGAGAUUAAAAGCAUCACAUUCUACCUUAAGGAUAUUAACGACCACCAAGAACCACCGUUACCUUUUCGAUGGCAAUCAAGAAAUGAUGAAGAAACGGAGCCAUUUUUAAUGCUUCGUCGACCUGGAGUUGUGAUCCGUUUACGAUGGCCAAGAAGAGGUUUUCAACUUCAAACAAACGAGUGGAAGGGCAGGUCAGAGGAACUUCAAUCUGCCAUCGAACAUGUCACACAAUGCAAUCAGUGGUAUUGGUGCUACGAAUGUCGUAAAGUAGGCACAUUAAACCAAGACAACAUCGUUUCAUCGUAUCCUCUUGAGAUCAUACAAUGUUCAGAAUGUUUACGCCAUAGAACAGACAGGUUCACAAAUACAACUAUUGACAGUCAUGAUCAUUAUAAUUGGUGCUACCAAUGCCAUACACCUCAUGUUGUGACAAGCUCAUCUUCUUUUGAAAACAUAUGUCCUCGAUGUGGUGCGGGCGAUCAGUUCAUGGCAGUCAUUCAAAUUCGAAGGACUACCCUUAUUAUCGAUAUUGACAAACAAUCAUCAAUGAGGAAUAUACAAACUAAUAGUUUUUGGUUUAUAGAACAGAUGUCUCAUCCUCCCGUAAAAGCGUGGACAGAACAAUAUCAAAGAGAAUACUUCUCAAGUCCCAAGGCUGUGGCGGGUCUGCUAGAGCUUAGGCACAUACUAUAUACAAUGGAUCUGGAAGAAUUGGAUUCAAUGCAACGAUAUAGUCCUCAAUAUAACCCACAUUCAGUAGAAUCCUCAAGAACAAUGGAUGCAAUACAUACAGUGAAUAUUUCGGAAUCACAUUUGGGAAGCGAACGGAGAUGUAGUGUUUGUUUAGAAGACUUUGAGGUUGGGGGGAAAGCAAGUGAAUUACCUUGUAAUCAUAUUUAUCACCGUAGAUGUAUUACUCCAUGGUUGAUCAACGAAUAUACUUGUCCUAUUUGUCGACAUGAUGUGCAUACAGCUAUUAGAGCUAUAGAAAAUUGUAUCGGAAGUUGUGAUGAUGAACAACAUGAAACCACAGAUAUGAAUAUAGAUCCGGAUGAGGGUGAGAGAUGUCAGGAGUUUGAACAAAACGACGAGCCUGAGCGACAUGAGCAUGAGUACGAGUGUGAACAACAUGAUGGGCGAGAAGAGUAUGAGGAGUCUGAAAGGGGGCAUGAUGGCCAGGAAAUUGAGCCAAAGCUGGGGUGGAGGGGUAUUGAUAAACACUUCAAAUUUAGGCUGCUUGUGGUUGCUGGUUUGAAGCGUGUAGGAGCACUCUUUAUUUUGCUGCUUGUAGCUGCAUUUUCUCCUUUUAGAGCAAUAAGGUUAAAAAUGAAGAACUUGUAUUAACAGAUGAAUAAGUGAAGUCUUUAUGUAGAAUUGAUCACUGAGAAAUUAACUAUUCAUCUUAUUCAUUGAUAAAUAUAUCAUUAUAAAA